AUGUUUGCUUCGUUAUGCUCACCAGAUAUCAGGUCGUCAGACGUCGUCUCACCAGAUAUCAGGUCGUCAGACGUCGUCUCACCAAAUGUCAAGUCGUCAGGCGUCGUAAUUCCCAGAUCCUGUGUGUGUGCUGCUACUCGAGCUCCUCCAGUACAAGGUGCUGCUACUGGAGCUCCUCCAGUACAAGGUGCUGCUACUGGAGCUCCUCCAGUACAAGGUGCUGCUACUGGAGAUCCUCCAGUACAAGGUGCUGCUACUCGAGCUCCUCCAGUACAAGGUGCUGCUACUGGAGCUCCUCCAGUACAAGGUGCUGCUACUGGAGCUCCUCCAGUACAAGGUGCUGCUACUGGAGCUCCUCCAGUACAAGGUGCUGCUACUCGAGCUCCUCCAGUACAAGGUGCUGCUACUCGAGCUCCUCCAGUACAAGGUGCUGCUACUGGAGCUCCUCCAGUACAAGGUGCUGCUACUGGAGCUCCUCCAGUACAAGGUGCUGCUACUGGAGCUCCUCCAGUACAAGGUGCUGCUACUCGAGCUCCUCCAGUACAAGGUGCUGCUACUCGAGCUCCUCCAGUACAAGGUGCUGCUACUGGAGCUCCUCCAGUACAAGGUGCUGCUACUCGAGCUCCUCCAGUACAAGGUGCUGCUACUCGAGCUCCUCCAGUACAAGGUGCUGCUACUCGAGCUCCUCCAGUACAAGGUGCAGCUACUCGAGCUCCUCCAGUACAAGGUGCUGCUACUCGAGCUCCUCCAGUACAAGGUGCUGCUACUCGAGCUCCUCCAGUACAAGGUGCAGCUACUCGAGCUCCUCCAGUACAAGGUGCUGCUACUCGAGCUCCUCCAGUACAAGGUGCUGCUACUGGAGCUCCUCCAGUACAAGGUGCUGCUACUCGAGCUCCUCCAGUACAAGGUGCUGCUACUGGAGCUCCUCCAGUACAAGGUGCUGCUACUCGAGCUCCUCCAGUACAAGGUGCUGCUACUGGAGCUCCUCCAGUACAAGGUGCUGCUACUCGAGCUCCUCCAGUACAAGGUGCUGCUACUGGAGCUCCUCCAGUACAAGGUGCUGCUACUCGAGCUCCUCCAGUACAAGGUGCUGCUACUGGAGCUCCUCCAGUACAAGGUGCUGCUACUCGAGCUCCUCCAGUACAAGGUGCUGCUACUGGAGCUCCUCCAGUACAAGGUGCUGCUACUCGAGCUCCUCCAGUACAAGGUGCUGCUACUCGAGCUCCUCCAGUACAAGGUGCUGCUACUCGAGCUCCUCCAGUACAAGGUGCUGCUACUGGAGCUCCUCCAGUACAAGGUGCUGCUACUCGAGCUCCUCCAGUACAAGGUGCUGCUACUGGAGCUCCUCCAGUACAAGGUGCUGCUACUGGAGCUCCUCCAGUACAAGGUGCUGCUACUGGAGCUCCUCCAGUACAAGGUGCUGCUACUCGAGCUCCUCCAGUACAAG